ACAAAGUACCCUACAACGUAAACUACAAAGUACCCUACAACAUAAACUACAACGUAAACUACAAAGUACCCUACAAUGUAAACUACAAAGUACCCUACAAUGUAAACUACAACGUAAACAUACAAAGCUUCAACAAGUCUGUGGACAUUAAAACUGAAGUCUACGACUCCCAUGGUGCAUUUCACCUACACACAUCCAAUCACAGAGCUUCACAUUAACUGUGGAGCGAACUGAUGAAACUGGCUGAUUCUGGCUUCGUCUCCAUGGCAACUGAAGCUGAGGCUCAUGGGUAUUGUAGUAUUUAGAGACAGAGAUAACAAACUGAUUAUCCAAGUGGUGAUGAGAACCGUUCUGUAUCCACCUGAUCCAGGAUCAGUGCGGCAGUGGUGUCGCAGUUCUCUCUCUGACUGCUCCUCCCUCCUUCCCUCCUCCCUUCCUCCUCCCUUCCUCCACCCUCCUCUGCUUCCCUCCUCCUCCUUCUCUGCUUCCCUCCAGCCCUCAUCGUCUCUGAGCUCCAGGAGGAUGGAGGGGCUGCAGCGGCUCAGCCUACCCGGAGCGUGAGGAGCCUUCCUGGGCUUCAGUCUGCCUCCUAACCCCCCCCCCCCCUCUGUGUGGAGCUCUGAUCCUCCAUCUGUCUGUCUGUCUGCAGCGUCUGUCUGUCCUCCGUCAGCUGAAAACAUGGACGGACUCCGGCUGCCGCCCGUCAUCGAGGAGGUCCUCGAUCCAUCCGACGAGCUGUGUGAGAUGAAGGUGCAGAAGAAACCCAUCAUGUUGGCAGAAACUCUGACGGCCAAAGAGAGGGAGUCCCUGGAGGAGAAGGAGGAGACGCAGGAGGAAGGAGGAGAAGAGAGGGAUGAAGAGGAGGAGCUGGAGGAGCUGAGAGCUCAGGUGUUCCAGCUGCUGAUGGAGCUGGAGGAGACCAGAGAGGUUUCUCAGAGACAUGAGGAGGGAUUCCUGGAGCUGCAGGGUCUGUUGGAGGACGAGCGACUGGCGAGCGCUCACCAGGCCGAGAGCUUCACCAGACAGAUCCAGAGACUACAAGCUCAGCUCCGGUCGGUCCAGGAGGAGCUGGACAGCCUGGAGGAGGAGAAGGAGAACGUGCUGGAGGAGGUGCACGAGGAGCUCCGCUCUGCUCAGGAGGAGGUGCUGAUGCUGCAGCAGGGGGCCGAGGAGGCGGCGGCGGAGAGAGAGAACGACAUCGCCUCCCUGCAGGAGGAGCUGUGUCGCCUGAAGGUGGAGCUACAACGACUCCACGCCACGACGCAGGAGUACGAGCUGGAGAUCACAACGCUGAGAGCUGAGAUCAGCAUGAAGAGCCACGACACAGGCGACAGGACUCAGCUGAAGGACGAGUUCUUCUCUCUGACUGAUGAACGUCAGUUUCUAAACGACGACAACAAAGUUCUGAACAACAAAGUGGAGCAACUUCAGCAGCAACAAGACACGUGUGACGAUGCGUACCUGGCCGUCACUAACACUGAGCCGGAUCAGGUGAAGGCGGACUCUUACAUCAGCCUGUCUCAGUCCGGUCCCCAACACCAGGACCCGGAGGACCCGGAGGAUCCGGACUCCUCAACGGUCCUGAAGGUCCAACUGAGACGAGCAGAAGAGACGUCUCUCAAAGUCCAGACGGAGUGCGACGGUUUGAAGGGUGACCUCGUCGACCUGCAGCAGCUGUACGACAGCAGCCAGCGGGAGCAAGUGUUGCUGGAACAGGAGCUGCAGCACUGCAAGUCCGAGCUGCAGAAAAUGGUGGGCAGGAAGUCACAGCGCGGCGACGCCGAAGGCUGGAACCUGGCGGUGGCAGCGGUUGCCGUGGCAGCCAUUGUAGUUCUGGUCGUCCCCAGCUUCACCAGGGCCUGAGGACUACACAGGAAGUGACCUCACUGGGAACUCUGGGAUUGUGGGAGCGCCGCCCUCAUACAUGUUGCACGUCCUGAUGUCCUUUUCACCUGAAGGCCACAGAUGUCAGUGAGUUGUGGAGGGAGAAGCAAUAUGAAUUCAGAAAGUCUUCCAUAAAGACUCAGCCGGUGGAUUUAUUGAUCAAACAUCCACCGUCAUGAACCAAGAGCCUGACUGGAAGUUGUCAUUUUGCAUUAUUUUAAAUGUUAGAAGAAGAACCAGAAGUGGAUCAGAUGGUGGUUCUGUUUGACCGAUCCGCUCAUAUUCAUGAUUUCAUUCUUUAUUCUAUUAAAUAAUCAUUGAGUUUUAUUAGUUGAUGUGUUUUGCAAGUCAAAUUUGACCGUUCAGAGUUAAGAGCAACUUAAUUUGUCAAAUAAAUGUCGUGAAUGUAGCAGAUAGAAUAAUAUUUCCCUCAGAAAUGUGUUGGAGUAUCAAGUAGUAUAGAAUAGAAAAGUAAGGUACAAGUACCUCCAGAUUGUACUUCCGUCCCGUACGUUUGUAAAUGUACUCAUUAGUUUACAGUAGAUGUGGUUCAGUGUUUGUUUCACUCUACAGGAGUCGUUGGAUUUAAUGUUGAUGUCAGUGAAGAAGAAGAAGUGAUCAGCACCAGCAGCUGCUGCAGCCUCUGUACGUACCAAUGAAAGCAGACUUCCUGCUCAUGAGUCAUGACGGCAGCUGUUUGACAAUCACACAUUACUUUACUGGCGGGAGUCCUUUAGAGCUGCACUUCCAAUCACUUUUAUUUAUAUUAUUUAACAAAUAAUUGAUUAAUCAUUUGGUCCAAAACCCAAAAGGUGCAUUUAUAAAGAUGUUAUACAGAUAAAAGUAGCAAAUGUUUUGUAUUUCAAGUAUCAGUCCAAUAAUUGAUUCUUUUCUGUUGCUUGACGAAUAGUUUCAGCUCUAAGAUUCUUUGCUUAUGUUUCCGUACUGGAGUAAUAUAAUAUUUUGCACUGGCUGAGAUAUCGGUAGCAGAUGAAAAGAGAUUGUUUAAUGUUUUAACACAUUGACUCUGCUUCAGUCCUACUUCCUGCUGUAUGUUAUUCACUAUGUGUUUGACAAAAAUGGACCAAUCAAUGUAGAUUAUUUAACAGAUGUAUUUUGUAGCAUGAGAAAAACAGCAAUUUAAGGAAAUAUUCCGCUUUAUUUGACCUACUUAUCCCUUUACAAAUCAAUUUAAAAUGCGUGUAUUUGUAUGUUUACAGUGUCAAACAGGUAGUAUGUUAAUCUACAGCUGUAACGUAUUUAAAUCUUAAGGAGAUGAAUCAUUCUGAUGACACAUUAUGUGACGACUGAUUCCACUCUGCCAGUUUUAAGCUCAGAUUGUUCCAGAGUUGCUUUUCAUUUUAGAGAGAUAUUUUUGCACAGCAGUUGAUUUAUGAUUUUGGAUACAGAUGGAGGAUUAUACAUAAUAGUGAAUAGAAGAGGACCGAGGAUAGAGGCUUGCAGAUAACAUUUACAAACCUUAAAACGAGACAAUCUGAGCUAAAAUGUUGCUGCACAAGUUGUCCUAGAGAAGGUAGCAAGACUGGAUGUUGACCUUAAUUAAUUCAUUAUUGAUUAAUAAGGUGGCUUCUUCUUCAAGUGUACAAGAACACAGUGAAGUGACUGAUUAUUUAUGUAUUAUUUUUGUAGAUAGUGAAUAGAAGAGGACCAAGAAUACUGCCCUGUGGGACACCUUUAUUUUUGCUUUCUUUGCUUGGAACCAUAAAAUAACUGCUGCUUGAGUUCUAACUGAAAUAUGGACCUAAAGACAAUAAAUAGACCAUAAAUAGCCCAAAUAAAUGUAGUUCUUACUCUGUAGAAAACACUUCCUGUCUGAAUGGGGCUGUGAUACAGCGUUGAGCAGAUCUUAAACUCCAGCGAAACCAAUCUGCCUACGUUUCAUUUUGCCCUCUUCUUUUGCACAUCGACGUGUUUCAGUUUUUAGAUGGAUCCUGACUCAUAGUUCUUGUUUACAUUUAAGUGGUGACCAAAUAAUCAUAGAAAAUAUAAUCAGACGUUGGAAUGACUGUGAAAACAAACUGUCUUGAUUUGUGAUGAUGCAUGUGACCAAAUAUUAACAGCUUCAUAAUAAAAGACAUUCCCAUUUAAACACAAGCACCAGUGAUAUGACACUGAUGACAAUUUAAAUAUAUAACAAAAUAAUGGCCGAAAUAUGUGAAACAUUGUGCUGAAUUAGAAAAGACUGAACAAUGAUGAACAGUGACAGACGAAGUGGCAUUAACGUGACAAAGCAGGUCUUUAAUAAUUUGUAAAAAUUUAAAACACAAUUUAAAAAAAUGUAUUAAGCAUUUGAGGAACAAUUGUUAUUUAGACUUUUGCUUUUAAAAACAUCAAAUCUUCCUGAAGCUGCAUGCUAAUGGCACUUUGUACUUAUGUGGCUUUCUAUUUUAUUACUACUCACUAAUAGUUUGUACUGUACAUAGAAUUGUUCAGUUUGAUUCUUAGUCACUUUAAAGAAAUAUUUUUUUCAUACAGCUGUUCAGAAUGUAGUUCAGAGGUUUUAUUAAAUGUUUGCCAAAUAGUAGCA